AAGAGGAAGGCAGAGUGUAGAGAGUGUGAGAGACUCUCCUGCUGAUUCUCAGAGCCACUUAGGUGUCGACUGGAGAAGAAGCGAAGAGAUGAGCAGAGCAGAGGAGGAGUGAAGCUUUUUAGUGUUAGUGAGGGAGAGCUCUGUCACUCUUCGGGUGUCGCUUAAGAGGAGGAGGAGGAGGAGGAGGAGGAGGGGGCGAAUGUUCCUGGUCUCUUGACAGAGAGAGAGAGAGAGACACAGACACAGAGAGAGAGACCGAGAGAAGAGGAGGGGACAAGCUGACAGCAAUACAGGAAAAGCAGGGCUGGCAGACGAUGUGCUGCUAACUGAAGUACUAAUGCUCCAGACCAUUUACGAGGCCGACUCCUGUUUCUCCACAGACAGCAUCGGGAAACACCGGCUGCCUCUGACCCCUCACUACGCUGACAUGCACAACGUCAACAACUCAGUGGACAUUAAACCAGAGGUUCCACUGGCUCUUGAUCCGGGCUCCCCACUGGACCUACGUACAGACGUUAGGAUGCAGAGCUCUGCUUCAGAUCCCACUGUGUGGGAAAGACAACUCCAACAAGAGCUGCUCCUCAUUCAGAAACAGCAGCAGAUUCAGAAACAGUUACUCAUUAGUGAGUUCCAGAAGCAGCACGAGAACCUGGUUCGCCAGCAUCAGGCCCAGUUACAGGAGCAUUUGAAGUUGCAGCAAGAGCUACUUACUAUGAAGCAACAACAGGAGCAGCUGGAGAAAGAGAGGAAACUAGAGCUCCAGAGUCAGGAGAGAGAACUGGAGAGAAAUCGCCGUGAACAACAUGUCCUGGUCCUCCGCAACAGAGAGAAGAGCAGAGAGAGUCUGACAGGUGCAGUGGCCAGCAAUGAGGUCAAGCAGAAACUCCAAGAGUUUCUGUUGAGUAAAUCCACCAAAGACGGUACAACCAAUGGGGUCCCCCAGAGCUCCAAACUGUGGUACACGGCCUCCCAUCACACCUCUCUGGAGCAAAGUUCACCUCCUUUGGGAGGAGCGUCCUCCUCCUGCAAGAUCUCCCUGCUCUCCCCACUAGACUCCCGGGAUGACUUUCCUCUGAGGAAGACGGUCUCAGAGCCCAAUCUGAAGGUGCGGUCCAGGUUAAAGCAGAAGGUUGCAGAGAGGAGAAGCAGCCCGCUUCUUAGGAGGAAGGAAGGGAGCAUCAUGACACCUUUCAAAAAGAGAGCCCUGGAGCUUCUGGAAUCCACAGCCAGCAGCAGUGCACCAGGAUCGGGGCCCAGUUCACCCAACGGGGCCUACAGUGCCUUGGGGGCUGAAAACGGACCCUCCUCUCUACCAGUCACCACACGUACUGAGCGGUGGCCGUCACAGCCGAGGUUAUUAGGGGCUGAAAGCUCAGUGUCUUUAUUAAAUCUCUAUACGUCUCUAUCGCUGCCCAAUAUCUCCCUGGGUCUCUCGGCUGCCUCUCCCAUCAGUGCUGCUUUAGGACUUCAGGAGAAGCAUGUUGAGGGUGGUGGUGUAUCAGCGGUCAUUCAAGGUUUGCCCACCCAACUUCUGGGUCCAGUGCCCCUGUCUGUUGCAAUGGAGACCAAAGUGAGCAGCAGCCACCAAGCUCUCCUGCAGCACCUCCUCCAGAAAGAGCAGCUCCGCCACCAAAAGAUCCUCUCUACUGGUCAAAGUCCUGUGCAUCCUCCUUCUCCACUGGCCAUGAUGGAAAGCUCUCCAAGCAGCACUCGACCCAAACUGCCUCGUCACCGGCCCUUAAACCGAACCCAGUCGGCUCCACUGCCCCAGAGCACACUAGCUCAACUUGUGAUUCAGCAGCAACACCAGAACUUCCUGGAGAAGCAGAAACAGUACCAGCAACAGGUCCACAUCAACAAGAUGCUUUCGAAAUCGAUCGAGCAGCUUCGUCAGCCAAACAUCCACCUGCAGGAGUCAGAGGAGGAAGAAGGAGAGGAUUUUCAUGACGAGACCAUGCAGGAGGACAGCUGGCCCUCUGGUGGCGUCAUCAGGAAGCACAGCCCCGACAGCAACCGCAGCAACACCUCCGCUUCACCCACCGAACCACUGGACACUCACCGUGGAGUCAUCCGGGUGAAAGAGGAGCCCAGUGCCAGUGAUGAUGAGACAAUGGCUACUCAGAGCCUGGCCGACAAGGAGAGCUCCUACAUUCACCAUGUUAAAGGCAGGAUGGUGAUCCAGGCCAUGAUAUGAAACGACAGAUACAUCUUCACACACGCACACGAAGGCACAGGUUAACAUACACGCAACAUGCUUACACGACACAGAGCUUCAGAACUGGUCUCAUUCGUGAACUUGUGAAGUGAUCUCUGUAUUGUACGUUGUAUGUUUUGUAUAUAAUUGAAUAAGAAAUUAGCCAACUUGGUCUUUUAAAUGCUAAGAAGCAGUUUUUGAUUGUUUGUUGAAAUAAUAAUUUAAGAAAGCCUUUCUACUUUCUACCCACCCUUUGGGAAACAGCAACUCGAAGCUCUUGUAGGAUAUUUCUGUGAUUUCCCAUGGCACUAUGGAUUUCUUAUAGAUCUUUCUUUGCAUUUAAUGAAUGUUAUUAUUAAGAUAUGUUACAGUUUAUAUGAUGAAAAAAACUUGGUUUGCUGAGAGAAUCCCAAAUUGUAGGGAAACAGGUCAGUAACCAUGAAAAUCCACACAACAACAGAAUAAAAGGAAUAUUCUAGGUUUGACACAAGUUAAACUCAAUUAACAGCACUUGUAGGAUGAUGUUGAUUAUCACAAAUAAAAAAAAUAAAUUUUUUUUUGAUUGG